UGCUAUUGUCUCGCUAUCCAACUGAGAGUAAUAAUCUUGUCAGUCUGAGCCUUGAGACGACCAGUCAACAACCGAUGCUCAUUCUGUCUGCUUGAGACAAACCAAGACUAUAAAAGGCAACCUGAAGCUCAGAUUCACUUCACCUCACCACAUCCCAACACCUCCACCUCGAAGAUGACAAAGGACAUGUUUCCACAUUUCAGCAAGGCUUUGGUGAAAACACUGGGCUCCAGCAGUGACCUAAUCAGUAACAGAGAUCUAAACAGAAACUGGGAGUUGAUGACCCUUGUGAAGGUUAAAAAGAAGGACCAUUUGACUUUCUUAAACAACUGGAAAAGGUACAAGCCGUUGGACCUGAAACUGAGGAACAUUGUUAAAGAAGACCUCUUUCUGGAGCCAGAAAUUGAGCCCUUGGUGAAGGAUUACAAAAACUGUAGCGAGGUAGAUGGCAGUGUCGAAGUAGGAGGAGGCGAUGAUAAAUUUGAAGGUAAACUGAAGGGACACCAAGACCGCAUUGAUUCAUCAUCCAUUGUGAGCUUUGAGAAAGAGCAAUUCAGCAGCAAAGACAUGGAAAAUCUCACCAUGACGAUCUUUGAAGUGGAUCCAAAUAUAGUUCACAAGCUUAAGAUGAAAGAAGGAGAAAAACUGGCUUUUGUGAAGCAGAGAAUUUACAACACAAAUGAGAUCCAAGUUUCGACCAAGACCUGCAAAAGCGGGUCCUUUGGAUUAAAGCUUCUUCACUUUUUCUCGUUAGGUUUUGAGGGAAGCACAAGUGGCCAGACAGACUUCAAUGUGCCAGAAAAGAAAGUUGUUGCUUUUUCUCUGAAAGAGAUAAACAUAUGGGGCAACAAACUAGACCUUUCUCCUGAAAUUUCAUUGAGGAAAAUGGUCAUUGACUGUAAUUCAAGGGACCAGGACUCCAACCCCGGUUUUGUCAGGAAGGGCAUCAGGUCUAAAGUGUAUGUGCCGACUACUGAUUAUGCAAACAUCUAA